UGCUUCAUUCACAGAUUCCUUAAUACAUUCCAGCCCAUACUCGCUCUCGUCCAAGUGAUUGGUUCUAUUCUCCAUUCCCUCUGAAUCUCCGUUCCGCAUUUCGUUGGUGGUCGCGGGGUCUCUCCACCCACGUACGCAUGGACGAUGCGAAUGUGGAAGCGCAAACCCGACUAGCGACCGCGGACUGAGAGCCUUUUUCCCCGCAGUCUCUUCAAUUCUAGACCCCGGUUUUAAUUCAUCAUUCGGCAUCGACGCCUGCUCGCAUUAGUGCGUCGUCUCCUGGUCGUGUGACCGAAUCAUUCGGCACUUUCAGGGACAUUUGACCCUAAGCCCUAGACUCAAACAAAAGUCUUGGAAACAAACGUCGAUAUGGCGUUGAAUUCGCAGGCUUCACAGCAGCUGAUGUCUUCCGGUCGUCUCCCAGCCGUCUUAUCCGCACUGCUUCCGAGGAUCGUAUCCCGAUCUCUCGCUUCGCUCGAGCAGAACCGUCAUUCUUCUCUCCAACCGAAUCUUCACUCUUCGCUGCAACAAUCCCCCCCCUCCACAUCCGGAUCCCCUCCUCCUAUCUCUCCAUCCUUCAUCUCGCCACCCACGCUCGCAACCUCUCCCUCUCCCACGCCCAGAUUUUCUCCCGAUUCCUCCACCUCACCAUCCCGCCCCUCAUCCCCGUCCUAUCCCGCCCCCGCCUUCCUUCCGCACGGAUCUUUCUCCCGCCUAUCCUUAUCCUCCUUGCACCAAUCCCUCUCGAAACUUCAAGACAGUCUGGUGUCUGGCUCAACUCUCCACCAGUUCUCCUGCCAUCAUCGGUCCUUUUCUAAUCUUCCGGAUAGCACGGUGUACGGCGGGCCGAAGCCUGAGUCGCAGAGGCAGCGCGUGACGCUGCAGCAGGUGGGCAGCAAGUACCGGCGGGGCGAGCCCAUCGUGAUGGUCACGGCGUAUGACUACCCCUCCGCCGUGCAUGUCGACAUGGCGGACAUAGACAUCUGCCUGGUGGGCGAUUCAGCAGCCAUGGUGGUGCAUGGGUACGACACCACUCUGCCCAUCACACUCGAGGACAUGCUGCUGCACUGCAGGGCGGUGGCAAGAGGAGCCUCUCGCCCAUUGCUGGUUGGAGACCUUCCCUUUGGCACAUACGAGCAGAGCCCACAGCAGGCAGUGGAGAGUGCAGUCCGCUUGCUUAAAGAAGGCAACAUGGAUGCAGUGAAGAUAGAGGGCGGCAUACCAGCACGGGUGGCAGCAGCGCGGGCAGUAUCUGAGGCGGGUAUAGCUGUGAUGGGGCACGUGGGGCUCACCCCGCAGGCCAUCAGCUCGCUGGGGGGCUUCCGACCCCAGGGCAGAUCCGCUGCCAGUGCGCUCAAGGUGGUGCAACAUGCACAAGCCCUUCAAGAAGCUGGUUGCUUUGCAGUGGUGCUGGAGUGCAUGCCUGCAGUGGUGGCAGCAGCCGUCACAGCAGCCGUCGACAUUCCCACCAUCGGCAUCGGGGCAGGGCCCCUGUGCAGCGGUCAGGUGCUUGUAUACCAUGAUCUUCUGGGGAUGAUCCAGCACCCACACCAUGCCAAGGUUACCCCCAAGUUUUGCAAGGCGUUUGGCCAGGUGGGCGAGGCCAUUCAGCAGGCGCUCAAUGCUUUUAGGGAGGAUGUCACUACCCGUGCAUUUCCCUCUGCGCUUUAUUCCCCUUAUAAGAUUGAUGAUGCUCAAAUAGAGUCGUUUGCUAAGCUCCUCAAGUCCCAUGGUUUGACCAGCUCAGCGGAGGCUGCAGAGGCAGCUGCAGAAACCGCAGCAGCUGAUGCUGACAGGCUGUCGAAGAUUGUGUAGGAGUUGGGGGUGUUGGCGUGUACGUAAUAAUCGUGGAUUCUUGGUCAUUUUUGGUGUACGAGUUUUACAUCUUGCCUUUCAUGUCACUAUUGCUGGCAUUGUGUUAUGAAA